AUGCAUCAGUCCGCCCUCUUCCUCACCCUCGCCACCGUCGCCCUCGGCGCCUCCACCAACGUCGACGCCACCACAGCGACUGUCAACCUAUUGAGCCACCCCGCACUCGCAGCCCGUAAUGCCGACGUCAACAUCGUGCACUAUGCCGACACCGACUCUUCGAUUAUUCAGCACCCUAUUACUGUCGAGUUGGGCAGGCGUUUGGAUGUCAACGCUGAUUUGCUGAAGGAAGACAAGCCCGUUGACGUCAAUGUCGCCAAACGCCUCGACUUGAGCGUGGGCAUCACCUCCGAGGCGCACAAGCCGAUUACUGUCGACAUUAACCGCCGCCACCUGGAUGUUAACACUGAAUUGUUGAAGGAGGACAGGCCCGUUGACGUCAAAGUCGCCAAACGCCUCGACUUGAACGUCGAAAUCACCCCCCAGGCGCAUAAGCUGAUUACUGUCGACAUUAACCGCCGCCGCUUGGAUGUUGACGCCGAGUUGUUGAAGGAGGACAGGCCCGUUGACGUCAAAGUCGCCAAACGCCUCGACUUGAACGUCGAAAUCACCCCCCAGGCGCAUAGGCUGAUUACUGUCGACAUUAACCGCCGCCGCUUGGAUGUCGACGCUGAAUUGUUGAAGGAGGACAGGCCCGUUGACGUUAAUAUCGCCAAACGCCUCGACUUGAACGUUGCAAUCACCCCCCAGGCGCACAAGCCGAUUAUUGUCGACAUUAACCGCCGCCAUCUGGAUGUUGACGCUGAAUUGUUGAAGGAAGACAAGCCCAUUGACGUCAAUGUCGCCAAACGCCUCGACUUGAGCGUGGACAUCACCUCCGAGGCGCACAAGCCGAUUCAUGUCGACAUUAACCGCCGCCUCGACGCAACCACCAACACCCAAACGACAGCAACCGUCAACUUCGCCCGCGGUCGCAUGCCCACAGCCCAUGAAGUCUCCCGCCGUCACCUCGACAUCAACACCCUCCUCGCCAAGGAGCAUAGACUCAUCACCGUCGACUUGGGCAAGCGUCUCGACCUCAACAUCGGCGCCACUGUCCAUACCAACACCCAUGCCAACGGAGAGCACAAGUUGAUCACUGUCGAUUUGAGAAAGCGUGAUCAGCAGAUGUCGACGGGGUACGUGUUGGACACUAUCAAGGCCGAUGCCAAUGGUCAAGGUACCGUGGCUGCGAAGCGCGAUUUGAAUGUCAAGUCUGAGUACCAGCACCUCUCUGCCCGUCACAAGAACGACAAUGAUGAUGAUUGGGAAGACAACGAAGAGGACGAGGACGAACAGACCCUGAACGAGACAGAGUCUGUUGUCAACAACAACAACAACAAGGAGGCCGAGAAGAAGAAGGAGACUUCUUCAUCCGACGACAAAAAGAAGGAGUCUUCUUCUUCCUCGACGACUGGUCAGAAGAAGAAUGCGGCGUCGAGGGCGAAUGCUAUCACGGGUCUUUCGAUAGUUGGGUUGGUCAUCGGUUCCGCCCUCUUGUGGGCUUAA